AUGUCUGUAGUUCCAGCUUAUGUGUCGAUGAUGAUGGCCACCUGUUUGUUGUUCUCCAUUUCCUCGAGCACAGCCAACGUCGGUAGCACGGCAUGCCCGCAACCUGAGAAAGGAGAAAUGGGUCCUCCCGGCCACUCUGGGAAACCUGGAGUGAGGGGUCACAACGGGGUGAAAGGCAGCCCAGGAAUUGGGGGAUCUAAGGGUACAAAGGGAGACAAAGGAGAAAUCGGAAAAUCAGGCCCUCCAGGCAAACAGGGUCCAGCCGGUGUGGUUGGUCCACCUGGUAAGCAGGGAGUUACUGGUUCCCAAGGUCCGCCUGGAGAUACUGGAAUUCAGGGUCCACAAGGUCCUCAAGGUUCACAAGGGGCAAAGGGUGAAAAAGGCAUAAAAGUAUAA